UUCUUCUAUUUAUGUUCCAUCAUAGUUCAAGAAUUUAGAUUCAUCUUAAGCAUAGACGUUGAGUUGUGUUUGGUAUUUUGCAUUGACAACAUUGUCCUUUUUUGUCACACCAAUUACCAAAUCAAGUACUCAACCAUGCUUGAAAUCCAAGGCUACGUAGUAUUAUUCCUAUUAUGGUUCAUUUCAAGUAUUUUCAUUAGGUCACUUUUCAAGAAAUCAGUGUGUUACAAAUUACCACCUGGACCACCAAUUUCAUUUCCAAUCUUAGGACAUGCACCAUAUCUUAGAUCACUUCUUCAUAAAUCACUUUACAAACUUUCAAAUCGUUAUGGACCUUUAAUGCAUAUUAUGCUAGGUUCACAACAUGUAGUAGUUGCAUCAACUGCUGAAAGUGCUAAACAAAUUUUAAAGACUUGUGAAGAGUCAUUUACCAAUAGACCUAUUAUGAUUGCAAGUGAGAAUUUAACAUAUGGUGCUGCUGAUUAUUUUUUCAUACCUUAUGGAAAUUAUUGGAGGUUUCUUAAGAAGCUUUGUAUGACUGAGCUUCUUAGUGGGAAAACUCUUGAACACUUUGUUCACAUUCGUGAGGAUGAAAUAAAGUGUUUUAUGGGGACCCUUUUGGAAAUAUCUAAAAAUGGUAAACCAAUUGAAAUGAGGCACGAACUUAUUAGGCAUACUAAUAACAUCAUUUCUAGAAUGACUAUGGGAAAAAAGAGUAGUGGGAUGAAUGAUGAAGUUGGUCAAUUGAGAAAAGUUGUUAGGGAAAUUGGUGAACUUCUUGGUGCUUUUAAUUUAGGUGAUAUUAUUGGGUUUAUGAGGCCUUUAGAUCUACAAGGAUUUGGGAAGAGGAAUAAAGAUACACAUCAUAAGAUGGAUGUAAUGAUGGAGAAAGUGUUGAAGGAGCAUGAAGAAGCUAGAGCUAAAGAAGGUGCUGGUAGUGAUAGGAAGAAGGAUCUUUUUGACAUUUUGUUGAACUUGAUUGAAGCUGAUGAUGGUGCUGAAAGUAAACUCACUAGACAAAGUGCUAAAGCUUUUGCUCUGGACAUGUUCAUUGCAGGAACAAAUGGACCAGCAAGUGUAUUAGAAUGGGCACUAGCAGAACUAAUAAGAAAUCCACAUGUUUUCAAGAAAGCAAGAGAAGAGAUUGACUCAACUGUUGGCAAAGAAAGGCUUUUCAAAGAAUCUGAUAUACCAAACUUACCUUAUCUUCAAGCAGUAGUUAAGGAAACUCUAAGAAUGCACCCCCCAACACCAAUAUUUGCUAGAGAAGCUACAAGAAGUUGCCAAGUUGAUGGAUACGAUGUUCCAGCAUUUUCGAAGAUUUUCAUCAAUGCAUGGGCUAUUGGUAGAGAUCCUAACUAUUGGGACAAUCCAUUAGUGUUUAACCCUGAAAGAUUCUUACAAAGUGAUGAUCCUAGCAAGAGUAAAAUUGAUGUAAGGGGACAAUAUUAUCAACUUUUACCAUUUGGUAGUGGGAGAAGAAGUUGCCCUGGUUCUUCACUUGCUUUGCUUGUUAUACAAGCAACACUUGCAAGUUUGAUACAAUGCUUUGAUUGGGUUGUUAAUGAUGGUAAGAGUCAUGAUAUUGAUAUGUCUGAAGUAGGAAGGGUUACUGUGUUUUUGGCUAAACCAUUGAAGUGCAAGCCUGUUCCACAUUUUGUUCCAUUCUCUUCUGCCUAAGGAAUUUGGAUCAAGAAUCAAAUUCAUUUCUCAAGUUAUUAUUAUUAUUAUUAUUGUUAUCUUAUUUUUAUUGUGUUUUUAUGUUAUUCGGAAGUGUAUGUGAAAACUUCUUGGCAGGAUAAAAAUAAGUGAUUAGGUAAUCCAAUUCUUCUCUAUCUUUUAAUGUUGGCACAGAAAAAUUUAAUGGAGUUUCUUAUAACAA